CCGUAAAAACAAUUUAAAGAAAGAUGUGAAUGACAUUAUUGAAUGAAAAAGGAGCAAAAAGGAAAAGACAUACACAAUGGGAUUUCGAGUUUUCCACACAUACAUGCACCUUGUAAUUCCCAAUAAAAACCGAUAGAUGUGAUGAUCCUCAAAAGACAUAACAUUCCCUCCCCUGUCUCCAAUAUUGAUUAGCCUUAGCCACAAAACAAUGUUUUCCCCAAGAGACAUGCCUUCUCCAUCCUCAAUCUUUUCUGCCUACGCCUCCAUGACAGCCUCCAUCAUGCUCCUACGUUCCAUGGCCAACGACCUCGUUCCCCAACCAAUCCGUGGCUACCUUUACAGCACGUUCCGUUACCUCAUAAAGCCUCGCUCCCCAACCCUCACCCUCAUCAUCGAAGAGUCCACCGGCAUAGCCCGUAACCAAGUCUACGACGCUGCAGAAGCGUACCUCUCCACCCGUGUCAGCCCCGAAAACGAGAGGCUCAAAAUCAGCAAGAGCGCAAAGGAGAAGAAAUUAACCGUUCGGUUGGAGAAGGGCGAGAAGGUAGUCGACUGCUUCGACGGCGCGUGCUUCAAGUGGAGAUUCAUCUGCGCGGAAUCCGAGAAGAACAACCCCAACGACCACAGCAACAAUAACAGCAUCUCCGUACGGUCCGAAAAGCGGUCUUUUGAGCUGAGCUUCCCGAAGAAGUACAAGGAAAUGGUUCUGGACUCUUACCUGCCCUUCAUUCUCGAAAAGGCCAAGGAGAUGAAAGACGAGGAAAGGGUUCUGAAGAUGCACACUCUCAACACCUCGUAUUGUUACAGUGGGGUCAAAUGGGACUCUAUAAAUCUCGAGCAUCCUUCAACUUUUGAGACGCUGGCGAUGGAGCCGGAGUUGAAGAAUGCGGUGAUUGAGGACUUGGAUAGGUUCGUGAAGAGGAAGGAGUUUUAUAAGAGGGUUGGGAGGGCGUGGAAACGUGGCUACUUGCUCUAUGGCCCUCCUGGUACUGGCAAGUCUAGCUUGAUAGCUGCUAUGGCCAAUUACUUGAAGUUUGACAUCUUUGACCUCCAACUUGGGAACAUAGUAAGGGAUUCUGACCUCAGGAAACUGCUUCUGGCGACUGCUAAUAGAUCCAUUUUGGUCAUUGAAGACAUUGAUUGCAGUGUGGAUCUGCCAGAGCGUCGCCAUGGUGAUCAUGGACGUAAACAAACUGACGUACAGUUGACCUUGUCUGGAUUACUGAACUUCAUAGACGGGUUAUGGUCUAGUUGUGGAGACGAGAGAAUCAUCAUAUUCACCACCAACCACAAGGAGAGGCUAGACCCAGCACUGUUGAGGCCAGGAAGAAUGGACAUGCACAUUCACAUGUCCUAUUGCUCCUACCAAGGCUUCAAGAUUUUGGCCUCAAACUACUUAGAAACUCCCUCUGAUCACCCCCUCUUUGGUGAGGUAGAGGGGCUAAUAGAGGACAUACAAAUAACCCCUGCGCAAGUGGCAGAGGAGCUGAUGAAGAACGAAGACCCUGAGGCCACACUUGAAGGAUUCGUGAAGCUACUUAAGAGGAAGAAGAUGGAAGGUGAUGUGUGUGAGAACUCUACUCCUGAUAAAGCAGAACCUACUCAUCAGCAAUCUAAGAGGCGCAAGGUUGGUUGCAAGCAAAAACGAGGUGUUGGAAUUAACAAGAGCAUUAGUGGUGUCACUCAAAUAAGGACAAGAAGAAUGAGAGGGUGUAGUUUGUAAUCACCUGGUCUCAGAAUGUGGUAAAAUAAGAUUGUUGGAGCUACUAUUUGUCUCUAGAAAUUAAAGUUUCUGAUGUAGGCUUUCAGGCUUUUGUUACUAUUAAUCAAUUGCUAAGAGGCUAGCUAGCUACAUGCAUUUCCUAUCCAAACUUUGUGCUUGAACUUUCCUCGAUGUGUAUGAGGAGAAGAAGAGAUUGAAAGGGCAGAGUGUGAUUGCUAGUAUCAGUAGAUGAACAAUAUCAGUAUGUACAUGUAAUUGCGUAUAUAGUUGUAGUCGUAACAAUGGUCACUGCCCAGCAUAUUCAAACACAAGGUUCAUCUUUUCCCAUAACCGGAAAGCUUGGAUCUGUUUGACAUGAGAGGUUUGUUUCUGUUUUUAUUUUAUUUAUAUAAA